UUCUCGAACAUUCUCGACUAUGUGGAAAAGUUAAAAGUUCUGGAAAUUAGUGGGAGAACUUUUGUGAUUCCUUUCUUUGCUUUUCUCAUUUCCUAAUUAUCCAAAAUCCCGUGAAUGAGAACUGUGUUAAGCUUUCGCCAUGAAUAUAAUUUUCAUUUCCGUUUGUGAAAGUUAUCGUCAUUAAUGAAAUAUCAUGUGCCAUGUUCAGUAGAUAAGACUGACAAAUGGUCUCUCACGCAAACUGCUCAAGCUAAGAAUACCCUGUGUAAAAAAUAAUAGUGUGAAAUAUAUAUAUAUAUAUAUAUAUAUAUAUAUAUAUAUAUAUAUAUAUAUAUAUAUAUAUAUAUAUAUAUAUACAUAUAUAUAUAUAUAUAUAUAUAUAUAUAUAUAUAUAUAUAUAUAUAUAUAUUUACUAGAGCUCAAAAGCCCAUUUUUCUUAAGCCAGAGAUCAGGAUUCUAUCGUCACCUCGAAAGUUCUAGAUCAAAAUUCUUGAAUCCCAUCAGUUUAAAAUCGGUUUUGUCCAUUAUGUCGUAAUGUUAUACGUUAGGAUUACGAUCCACGCAGUAAAGUCUUUCCGAUGCCAGUGUUAUUCUUUUUGGGUUCAUGAGAUUUAGGAUGGAUGGUGAUUUGUCUUUAUGCUUGCUACGUAACUUCCUCCAAGGAAUGACGUCACGAUAUCUUCUUGCUACCCAGAGAGGCGAACGAGAGACGAGAGCAUGACGUCGACUGCUGAAUAUCUGCUGGGACCAGAGUACACCUACGAGAGCCAUUGUGUUGGGGUAACCUGAGCAGGGGGCGGCGACCCCCUCGCCUCGGCGCAUGCUCUCGGCUGCCCAUGGCGGCAGGACUCCAGUUUCUCUCGAAACGACCCUGGGAAAAAAAUACAGAUCAAUGAAGCUAAGGACUGUGUCAGAUAAAAUGAAAUUAGUGUCGUUCGUAAUAGCCACCUUUGGGUAUUUCGUUGAUGUCAAAGGCGUGUCAAUCUACGGCCUGCACACGGAGUCGCCGCCGCAGCUGGGGAUGACGUGGCUGCAGAAGGACCUCGACAUACAGGAGACUUCGGAGCACAUCACGGUCUGCCUUCAUCUGCGCCUGCAUUUCAUCUACACAGAUCCUGCGCUCGUCCUGUACAUCGAUGGCACUUUCUUCGCUGUAGUGUACGAAGGAAAGUUCGCUCUGUUCAACGCACGCUACUUUUGGUCGAGCGAGACCCACCCUUCUAUUAGGGCGUGGUCGCACCUGUGUUACGUGUUCGGAGGAGACCCUGGGGUGGCGGUGGGCGGGCGCUACGUUCCCGGCCGGCGACAGGGGGACCUCGGCGACCCCCCGCCCAUCGUGGCGCCGAGAAACCUGACCCUCGGGAUGCCUUUAGGAGCAUCGGAUCCCUUAUCCUCCAGCCCCGUCGGAGGAUUCUUCACGGUUCCGAGAGUCUAUACAAGGAAGCUCACAGAAGACGAGAUACGGACCCUAGCUGAGUGCGGCGACGGCCCCGACGAUGACCUGGGCGCGGGGUCAUGGCAGGUCAGGUGGUCGCGAUGGGACGGCUCUGAAGGCACUCACACUGUAGAUUUCAGCAACGUACCUGACACACUCAUCACACCCUUGAAUUACGAAGCUUACGAAUUCCACAACUUGACACCAUCAGCUUUGUUCGGCAACAUCCCCGCCGAGGCCAUGUGCUCCCCUCAGCCCAGCUCCAAGUACAUGCUGGUGCGCGCCGACAAGAUCUCGUACCCGCCGGCGGAGAGGCUCUGCUCGGUGUACGGCGGGCGACUGCCGGAGACUUUCGACGAGCCCCUGGUGACGCACAUGAAGCAGGUGAUGAUUACCUUGCCUGAUCUGAUGCUGUUUACGUGGAUUAAAUCGAACGGGAACAAGACGUGCAGGUCGCUGGGCAUCCAAGCCAGGAAGGACGUUGCUCUCGACAUGUCCAUCGGCUGCGGCCACACGUCUCAACAGCUGCUUUGCCAGGUACCCUGGUCAUCAUACGUGGAGCUCCGGCACAGCGGACCAGCCGGUUACAACGACCGCUUCUUCCUGCUCACUCGCGGAACACGGCCGAUAUUCCUCUCGCAAGAUGGACGUCAGAUUGUGAGCGACGGAGCGAGCGGGAUCGAACUCAAGCUCUUGGACAGCGCCGGCGAGGUCCUGGCCACCGCGAGGACCGCCCGGAGGUUCCACCCGAUGGGCCGCCAUGCGUGGAGGGACGCAGCUACCAACGCGACGAGGACCAUGGUUCUCUCGGCGUGCGACCAGACGGAAUUCACGUGCGACGACGGCUGGUGCGUCCCCCUGUCCACCCGCUGCGACGGCGCCAACGACUGCGGCGACGACUCCGACGAGGCGUGCUCCGUGCUGCUGCCUCUGCCUCCGACGUAUCGCGCCGACCGGCCUCCGCUCCCUCGCACGCCGCUGUCUCUGCUCGUCCGUCUGGUCCGAGUGCAUGAUGUGGAUGUGGCUAACAACCUUCUCACCGCUUGGCUACAGCUGGAAACCGGGUGGAGGGACGACCGGGUUCGCCUCUCCCAGCUGAGCAACGAGGUUAUGGAUAAUAUCCUUCCACAGCCGGAUAAAGUCUGGAGUCCCAUGUACGACCUGGAUAAUGCUGUGUUCCAGGAUAAAGUGGCCUAUAGACGCCGUGAGAACAUUUUCGUCACUACGAGUGCCAUUAAGACAGCCGAAGGGAAGAUUGACUGUAUUGGGGGGUACGAAGGGUACGUUUAUAAUGCAAGUGUGGAAGCCGAGUUGCAAAGGCGUGAGGAUUUCAUGGCUUCCUACAUCUGCAACUUCGACCUCUCUCUGUUCCCUUUCGACGUGCACGAGUGCCAUGUCAAUAUCUCGAUCAUGAACCGCGGUUCUUUCUACGCCAGCUUCGAUCCUCAGGACAUCAAGAUCCUUUCGUCAGCAUCUUCUCUGACUUUGUUCCCAAACGCAAAAACGCGAAAAACCGCUGGGGCGACACCAAGGAGAAUAUCACCGCAAUAA